UUGUGUGUGUGUAUUUUUUGUUUUUUUCAUAAUGAAGUGGCUGUUCUCUGUGGUGUCAAAAUAAUAUUAUUUUACUUCUAGAAUUUGCUUGAAGAGCAACAUUAUAACUUUCUCCAGUCACACAGUUGAAAAUAAAUUAACAGCAGGACUGUCAUAGUCUGCAUGAACUGCUGAGAACUUACUCUUGUUUAAUUAAUAUUAAUUUACUAUUUAUAAAGUGAUAACAAGAUUCUUGUGGCUUUUGAUACAUCUACUUUUAAUUUUAGAGACAUUUUAAUUAGUUUGCAUGACAGUAUUUGUCAACACCAGGUAAAUAGGACCUCUAAUAUGACCUACUCUGUUGAGACUAGUUACCAGGCUAGGCUGGGAAAUAAUAUGCAAACCUGUUUCUCCUCUCUUAUCAGAAGAGAUCAGUUCCCAAGGUGACAUAGAUAUUGUUGGUGCAGGUGAUACCUUUAACCAUGACAUCACUUUAAACCCCUGGGCAACACUUACACCCUUGGGAGUGAAUUGCUGCUGAAGGGAAGCACUUGAGCUGAAAGUCUGAGGCUUUCUUUACAUUGAAUUUGCUUCUGCUCAAGGGAGCGCAGCUGAUGGGUUCAGUCAAGAAUCCCUUAUUUUCACCAGCCUGCAGUCAGGAGCACUGAAGUGACUUUUUUUUUUUUUUCCUCUCUCCUGUCCUUUUAAUUUUUUUUCCUUAUCUUUGUCUGUUCCUCCCCCUUCCAUUCACUUGACACCUGUCUCUACCUUUGGAGGAUGUGGUAAGCAGAGAACUCUGUCCCUGUAAGAGACGAGGAGCAGAAUAUGCCUGCGCAAAGAGGGCAAGAAUCAAACCUCUCCUGGGCGGGCAGGUGUGGGAGAGCUCCUUUGCUGCAGGCUGCUUUCUGGAGUGCCAUCAGUGGAGGCUUGUCAUUCUAGUGAGUGUAAUUGGAAGCAGGUUUAUCUUUUUUCUUUUUUUUUUUUUUUUUUGAGUCAUCAUGCUGCAGCAAAUUUUGCGUGAUAUGUAUAUUGACCCUGAGCUCCUGGCAGAGCUGAAUGAAGAGCAAAAGCAGAUCUUGUUCUACAAAAUGAGAGAAGAGCAGCUGAGGCGCUGGAAGGAGAGGGAAGAAAAAGCACGAAUGGAGGAGGCCAUGUUGAGAAAGACAGCAAGGCGCAACCAGAGUAAUGGCAAACAUGUGCAGUGGCUCCGUGGGAAGGAUGGUGAGGUCUGGGUCUGGGUUAUGGGAGAAGGCCCAGGUGACAAGCCGUAUGAACAGAUAUCAGAGGAGCUAAUAGCAGAGCGAGCCAGGCAACAAGCACAGAAGGAGGCAGAAGAACUAUGGAGACAAAAGGAGGCUGAAAUUACAAAGAAAUUCCGGGAUGCUAUGGCUCAAGAAAAAGCCAGAAUAGUGGCAGAAAAAUGGAAAAUAGAAAUAGAAGAUCGGAAGGCUGCCAAAUUGGAGGAGGAAAAAAUUCAGGAGGAACUGAAGAAAAGAGAAGAAGAAGAAAGACAAAAAGGUGAAGAACAAAUAAGGCAACAGGAAGAAAUCCGAGCAAAAGAGUUGUAUCUAAGCCUCAAGCAAGCUCAGCAGCAUAGUCAACACAGCGAUGAUGACCAGGAGUGGGAAGAACAGUUGCGCCGCUCCAAAGCUGCAGAUGAGGAAAGGAGCCACAAAGCACGCAGGGCUCGGGAUGAAUAUCGACGACAAUCCUUGCAUGCCAUCCAGAAGGGAAGAGUGGCUGGCCUGAGUAAUUUGUUCCAGGGGACGAGCCUGAAUAGCGAUCAAGAGAUAAAACUGAACAACAAUAGUGCAAGUUCUUUGCAGCCUCUCUCUGCAGCAUCCAGUAACAUCUGGGAGCGUCCUUCUAGACCCUUUUCCCAAGAUGUCAUCAUUCGCUGGUUCAAAGAAGAGCAGAUCCCUCGACGUGCUGGGUUUGAGAGGAACACCAACAGGAUUGCUCAAUGGUUUCAUGGUAUUAUCAGCCGCCAGGAGGCAGAAGAGUUGUUGAUGAAUAAAUCUGAAGGAACAUUCCUGGUGCGAGUCAGUGAGAAAAUCUGGGGCUAUGCGUUGUCUUAUCGCCAGCAAAGCGGGUUCAAACACUUCCUUGUUGAUGCUUCAGGGGAUUUCUACAGCUUCUUGGGGGUAGAUCCAAACCGACAUGCAACACUGACGGAUCUUAUUGAUUUUCACAAGGAAGAAAUCAUCACAUCCUCAGGUGGAGAGCUACUGCUGGAGCCAUGUGGACAGCAGAAGAAUCCACCAGACUACAGCCCUUUAUUUGAAUAACUGAUUCAGGACUAACAGGAAUGCAUUCCUCAUAGCUGUAGCAAUAGAUAACUACAAAAAAUAACUACUGAAAAUUAGUUAACAAUCUUCCAAUGCCACUGGUCUUGUGGCCAAAAUGCAUCCUCAUUAGAAGGCUCAAAAUAUUUGUUUUGCAUCUGAAUUAUCAUCUUUAUUCAUAUUGCUGACAUUUUAAAUGUGAGAAGUUACUGGCAGAUUACAAAUGAGGACUAUUCCCAGAAAUUUUUCAAGGGGUCAUGGCCAACUGCACUGAAUGCUAAGUUCCUAUCUUAAUUUUCGUAAUGUCUGAGAUUGAAAAAAAAAAAUGCAGAAAGAAGUAUGACUGGGAACUACUCAUAAAGUAUUGAAUGAAGUACCAAUAUUGGUGAUUAGAUUCUUUUUUCCAAAGCAGUCUUUGUCAGUAUCUGUUGACAAUCUCAUUACUCGGCAGUGCACUUUUGAUAAGAGAAGCAGUCUUAAAACAUCCUUUUGAAAUUUGUGAUUGCUUAAGUGUUUAGAUGUAGCUGGAAACUUGCCAUUGUGCUUUUGAAUUCAGACCUACAAAGUUCACCGCAGCAGAGACAGUAUAAGGUCAUUCACAUUUUAUUUACAAUUUCAUGCAGUGCAACAGCCUUGGAAAAAGUUUCCUGUACAGAAAGUGGUCAGUUUAUUCUAAACUAAUGAAACUUAUUCUAAUGAAAGCAGUUUGAUUUGGAGUAACAACAACUCCUCUCAUCACAGAAGUCAAUAUGCUCUCCUGAAAUUUGUGCCUUAGCAGUUUUUGCACUCUGGCUGUCACAAGGUGUUGAUGUAGUCCUGCGUUGUUUCACUGGUAAGCUAGAUACUACUGAGGCAGCCAAUUGACAAAAUGGAAAAAGCUGCAAAACUGUUACUAUUACCUUCCUGUGCUCCUUGCUCUGUUCCCAUAAAUGGCCAUGUAGAAAUUGCUGGGUAUAGAAGUGUUCAUUUUAGCUCCAAACAUUCAUUUUGCAGGGCAAUAUUCCAAAUAACAGGGUUGUGACAGUUUUCUGUGCAACUGAUUUGCUUCAAGAGUGAAGUGGGACAUGAGGGACUUAGUCGUGAACCUAUUGGUUAGUCUCAUAGCCAUGCCUUUAAUAAGUAGUUUCUGAAUACUUUUUCAUAUGUGAUGUGUAUUUUGAGAUGUAAAGUGGACCAAUCCAUACGUGUUACUGUACUUUCACAGUUAAUUUUUUCCUGGCAAUCUCUGAACACAUAGGAAAGGCACACUAUGUGUAUUUCUAUAUGCUACUGCUUUGGGCAGUCCCUGAAUUCCUGUGUGGUUCUCUUUCAAAUCCCACUGUAGACUUCCCUCCUGAAACCCAGGUAAAUCCAUCUCUCCUCACACAGUCAUUUCUCUUGAAUCACUGUUCCUUUCUAUACUUUGUCUGACCUAGAUGGUAAGCUCAUCUGGGGAAAGACACUUGUCUUUUGUGGGAUGCUUUAUAAGCUUAGACAUUUAAGGUGCUACAAUAAUAAUAAAUACCUGUGGUAAUAAUAGCAACAAUUUUUAAUAAUUAAUUCUACAGUUAACCCAUAUUAAAGUACAGAUUUUUGCACAUAAACUUCAUUAUUGUUCAGGAAAAUUUUCUUUUGUUAACAUUGCAUUUUGUAUGAUUUAAUCCAUCAAUGUUUGUGACCCAUGAAAAGAAAGUUGUAAUGAACUUUCCACAGAGACUUAGCUGGACAGUUUCUGUAUUAAUCACUAGGGACACUGGAUCAGGAGGUUUUAAAUAGUUUCUGUUAGCACCUCAUAACAAAGCAAAUCAGUACACAAGCAAAUAAGCAAUGCUUAUUAGCUGAAACAGGUGUUCUUGGUGCACAGCACUCAAAUAGGACAGCUGGGCUUUUCACAGGAGGUAUGCUUACAGAGCUAGGAUAUUCUUUAGCAAUGUGUCUGAUACCUUGAGAAACUAAAUGACUUGGCAUCUAGAUAAAGGGUCAAUAUACCGAAGUGAUCUUGAAAUUUUGUUAAAGUGUGAUCCUUUGCAGGUCACCAGGGACUAGAUUCUAGAAAUGGAAUGCGUCUCUGCAAUUCUGAACAUAGUAACACUUAUGUAGGCCCCUUGUAGGAUCUCUUGUCUCCAUUAAAUAAGAAGCCUUGUAUGUGUGACCUGAGAUCAGAAUACACCUGGUACAGAGUAUAUACAGACGUUGAAUCCAGCUGCAGAAUGUGGACCUCAGCACAGAGUAAUUCUUUUUGCUUCAAAUAUGGACUCUCUAAAAUAAUCACAAGGUUGCUUUUUUCCAGUAGAACAUUCGGUAAGUGCAAUCUACCUCCUUCAAAGAGCCUCAGGAUUUACCAGCUGCUUCCUCUGAGAAACUGGCUCUGCACUUCCUCCCUCUUAUAUAGGCAUCUCAAGAACCACCUCAGCCUCAGGUUAUUCACAGCUGCACAUGUUCUACCACCUACUUCACAGAAGAAUGGAAAGAGACCAUUUAAAGUUAAAAGAAGUCUAUAUAUCUGUAGCCUUACCUCAGAGGCCAGAGAGCAGCAGCUGGCUGCAUAGGACUGAGGGUCUAAAGGUGGUACUGAGUAAUUAAUGUGGUAUUUAGACACCUAGAUAUCUUUGCAGACUGCUGUUCUGCCUUUAGGUACUGUAAAAAAAAAUAAAAAAAGAGGACAUAAAAUGCUGCCUUCUCUUUGGGAAAGGUGCUAGGCAUGCUAGAAAAGAAGACAUGCAAUUUCCAAAGGUUUUGGAAGAUUACUGCAUUGUACACAAUUCUUGGAGUGUUUACAGACAGGAUAUUGAACAACUUGUUCCAUAAGGAAUUCACAUUCAGAGACUGAUAAUAAUACAACUAUUUAUUUCUAGUGACACACUUCCCAGCAACUGCUUGCAUUUUGUUUAGCCGAUAAGAAGGCUUGGAAAUAUUAGCUCUUGAGUUUCUCUCCUCUUGUGAUGUAAUUAACAUCACAACAGCAUCCUCAUUUUCACUCCAGAGCACAUUUCCUACUUUAAAUUUUCUGAAUGUUUCUGUCCAAAUUCCAUCUAUUUCUCAUUCUAGGUUUUACCUGGCUUUAAAACAAAUCCCUUGUAAGUUCCCCUGCAAAUGAAAUUACUUGGAAAACUGCAAUUUCAUCUGAGAGUUUUAUUAUGCUAAUAAAUGUCAGAAUUCUCCAGUAAAGGAAUUGCUUUUUGUUUCCAUAGCCCCACAGAAAUAAUGAAAAAUAGCCAGCCAAUUCAUAGAGUUACAAGGAAAGAAAAACUCAACAAUACAUAACCACCAGCAGCAAUAAAAUACAGUGCAACUUAACUGAAGAUAAAUUUUUAAGGAAACAAAAGGAGAUCAUAGCAAGCAGAAGUUAAGAACAGAAGCUUUCCUUGGUAGAGACGUGCAGCUGCUGUCAAUACACUUGAGAGCUGUGGGCGAAGUACAAGCGUGCAGAUGUUUCCUAAGCCAGCAAAUGCUUCUUGUUGCCUUACAGGAAAUAAAUGUACUAUGAAAAGGUAACCAGAUUGUAGAAAAACUAGAAGGGAAAGCAGUAAAGGAGUAAAUAUGGAAAAUUAAGAAAAUAAGAAAGGGAGAAAUGUGCUUAUCUCGUUGUUUUGAAGGCAUUUUGGAUUUUUGCUACUCUGGGAGGAAGGCUGGGCACCACUACCUCCCUUUCGCUCUGCUAGUCUCCAAGAUUUCAGCUUUGAGCUAAAUUUACCUUGGAGCUAGACUUUACACUCACAGUCUGUAAGGUUUGGGCUGGUCCAUACUGCAGCCCUGAAAGCUGCAUCUGCUUCACACUGUCUGCCUCUACAUUUAGUGCUCUCUGAAGCUGUUCAUCACUGUAUACAAAAUCUUUUUAGUGCUGCAGCUUCGUUGUCUGGAAUGGCUAGCUUUAUCCUACUACACGAUGACCUUCAGGUGUUGCUUCCUGAUCUGUUUUUGUACUGCUAGCUAUUGUUGAGUUGUAAGAGGUGUAUGUUAUGGAUUUUCAUUAUAAGAUUUCCUGUCUAUAUUUCUUGUCAAUGAGACCACCAGGAAUACCUGAGAGGCCUAUUAUAGUAUUCUGUUUCAUAAGGAAAAAUGCUACAGCAAUAAAGGAAACUUUAGACUUUUAAA